UCUUCCUCUCUUUACUUUACUCUUUUCAGUUUCUUUAAAACAUCUGCAAAACUCUCUGAACCUUCUUCCCAAAACUUAGAAAUGAAAACAAGUUUUAUGAGAAGACCCAAUCAACCUGCCGGAGAGAGUAGUAUGGUUUUCUCCGACAAACCUGCUGUCAAUGGAGCGAAUCUAUGUUUAGACUUUCUGCCAAAAGGAGUACCUAGGUAGAUCGGUGGUUCUGAUACACUGGAUAUAUGAAAGAUGGACUGGGGUUAGGUUUGGGACACUGGUGAGAGGUCCGGCCGGUGAAUAGAAGCAUUAUUUGGCGAGAUUUAUGGCUUGGCCUCCAGAUGAGCUGUCCCGCCUUAGUGAAGUUGUAUGAAUGAGCAUCAUCAUUGUCAUUGUCUAUAUAAGACAACCAGUAGAGGUAGUCUCAUUUCUUUCCCCUGAAGAAGAAAGAGAAAAAGAAAGAAAGAGAAUUCUUGGUCUGUUUCAGUCGUUACGAAGUGGCUUUGGUGUAUGUAGACACAGAAUGGCUCGCUCAAGUGACGAAGAAUAUAUGCCUGGGGCUGUUGAAGAGGCUAUCUCUGACUUAGAGGUAGAAUUUGUACCAGAGUCUCCCCUGCGAGGUUCUGACAUUGUUUCUGGUAGUGUUGGUCUACGUCCCUCUCAAAGAGCUGGUAGGCCAAAAUUUCUUGCUGAGUUAGAUGACGAUGAUGAUGAUGAUGACGGUGAUCAUGAUGAUGAUGAUGAUGACGGUGAUCAUCAUGAUGAUGAUGAUGAACAAGUGGAACAGGAAUAUACAGGCAAUUGGCUUUCUGAUGAUGCUGGUUGGCUUUCUUUUGGUGCUAGAACCAAGGUUAUUAUCCUACCAAAUGGUGUAGAGAAAAAUGCUAGGUGCAAAAGAGGGAAGAAGUACAAUGAUCCUUUUGAGAAGCUCAUUGAUGAGCACUAUGUGGCAAGGAUUUUGUGUGAAAUGUCAGCUAUUGUACCACAUGUUCCAGGUGAAAUUCUGCUUGUAGAAAAUCAACCUCUCCAGCUGUUCCAACUUGAUGCUCAGGAUGAAAAUUUCGCGCAAGAAACCCCCUCACCAGUUGGUAGCAAUGAGGAUGGAGACCCAAUUGCUGGUAUUGAUGAUCAAGAAAAACUACCAACAGUUGGUGGUAAUGAGGAUGGAGAUCCAAUUGCUGGACCAAGCCAUGGUAGUAUUCAUGAAAGCUAAAUAACCAGUUGGACUUGGCACUAACUAGGCUGUGCAGGGUAGGCAGUGUGUUGUUUCUGAAAGAAGGAAUGCUAAAGACUGAAAACUGAAUUUUAUACUUGGUUUAAACUGUAUUAGUUGAUUUACUUCGCCUAACUAAUUGCUAGGCGGUUAAUAUGGUUUACUGAUGCUCUU